CAGGUACUUUAGUUGCUCAGUUCCUUGCGAACUUUUGCUUUGCGUUGCUUAAGCAACUUGCAUUGAGGAAUCAUUGCUCGCGCUCGUAGAGUCAUCCCUUUGCACUCAACCCGACCUCACAGAUAUUACACUAGACGCAAUACUCCCAGACUGAUGGAUCCUCCCAACGCCGACAUUCUCGAGCUGAAAGAGAGGAUGGGAGAGCUGAUCAGUGUCAUGCAAGAGUUCGCCUUGGGGCAGAAAGUAAUUGCCGAAAAGGUGGGGAGGAUUGAAGACUGGCUGAAGAUGGGGAACAUGCAAGGAAACGCUUCGUCAUCUGGACCGAAGAAAUCCUUUGGUAACGACCAGCGCAAGGAUGAGGGUGGAUCGAGUGCUGUAUACGCCCAGAGAGGACACGGUAGGGGUCGUUACUACCAGCACACUGCUGCAGUAACCAUCCCUGCUGGUAAUCAGUCAGCACGACAGCAACGUCAGCCGCCUCAACAGAGAGCCGGGUACCAGGUGAGAGGUAAAGGGGUUGAUCGCCAUUUUGACAAGCCACCCGUGACAUAUGCUGUUCUGUUCAAAAAGCUGAUGGAUCUUGGGUUGGUUCAGCCGAGGGCGAUGGUUCCGAUGAGAACGGAUCAGAGGCCACCUAACUAUGAUGAGAACGCCCAGUGUGAAUUUCAUUCUGGAACACCGGGGCAUAACAUUGAGGGCUGUAGAGCAUUCAAGAAUGUUGUUCAGGAUCUGGUAGACUCUAAGGCUAUCAAUUUUGCACCAUCACCGAAUGUUAAUGCUAAUCCCAUGCCGGCACAUGGUCAGGCGAUGGUGAGUGCAAUUGCUGAAGAUUCGGAUCACGCCUGUGCAAUAGGUGGAGAGAACAACAGUGACUGCAGGUUUGAUGGUUGGAUAAAGCCGUGCGUACCAGGAAGCUGGAAGGCUUAAACAAGAUCAUCACUGACACUCAUCCUGAAGAGUAAUAAUUUCUUGUUUUCAGUUUAUAUGCAU